UCCACUGCUUUAUCUCAACAAAAGUGCCCAGAAACUUCGAAAGUAAAUUUAUCUCAGAAUAUACCUUUACAGAUUCUACAAACAUUUAAUAUAGAAGAAAUUCGAAGUAAUGCAUCAGCUCAAAAACAGGCAGCUAAUUCUAAAAAUCCAGAGUUACUUGAUAAUAUUCAUAAUUUAGUAGAGUAUGGAUCUGCUAAUACACGUAGGCGUAAGGAAGCCGUUAAACCAGAACGACCUUAA